CGGUAUGUCCGGCAAGACUGGAGGGGAAGAAGAGGAGCAACAAUAAAGCUUGACGUCGUCAGGUCGAUUUGACCGACUGCGGACUAGUCCAGUAGUGCCGCCCAGCCAAAGUUGAACCGACGCCAUCGCCUGCGUCUCCGCCUCCGCCGCCGCGACUCUCUCUCUCACAUUCCAUUUACCUUGCUUGCCAACAACCAACAUCACCCACCACCGCCACUUUCGAUCUUCUGAUCUGUCAUCUCUCAUUCCUCACCUCUCCUCCUCCCCUCCUCUCUCUUUGAUUCCUUCGUACAACCCCUCCUUUCACCUCCCUAAAGACACCUGUCCGCUGCCCUUCCCCCCCCAUCCCACUCCUACCCAUCAUGUCGAAUCCCACCGCGACCCAGGACACCAAGGCCGAGCCUACCCAACAGCCACAGCAACAGAAGCCCCCCGUGCUGGAAGAAGACGACGAGUUUGAGGAUUUCCCCGUUGAAGACUGGCCUCAGGAGGAAACCGAACAAGGAGCUGCUGCCAACGGCGCAAGCGCUCACCUGUGGGAGGAGAGCUGGGAUGAUGACGAUGCGGCCGAGGACUUCUCCAAGCAACUGAAAGAGGAACUGAAGAAGGUCGGAGCGUCUAAUUAA